AUGCCAACUACAAAAGGUCAUCAGUCCUAUAAGAGCAGCAAGGCUGCACGUUCUCGUAGAGUCCGUUUAUCCAAACUCAAGCAAUUAGAUUCGUCUACUCCAGCUCGUUCAUCAUCAUCAUCAUCAUCAUCUGAAUCAUCGAAUAUUGUUGAAGAACUAUUCAUUAAUUCAUUAUAUUUGACAACAGCAUCAUCAUCUUCAAACAAUACAUUAUAUGACUUAUGCACUUCACAACAAAAAAUUAUGGCGUAUGAAAGAAGAAAAAAUAAUGCAAUAGCCGAUAGUGAUGAAAUGGAUUUUUAUCAAGUAAUCCACAACAGCUUUUUAUUAGAAUUGAUGGAAAAUACCAUAUGUAUUAGAUGUAAAGAACAAUGGAAGGGGAAAAUGCAUAUUAUUAUAGCUUCUUUUCUAGGUGCACAUUUGGCAGGAAUUGGCCGUGCUGGUGUAGAUAAAAUAUUUGGGGUGAUGAAUAUACCUCCACCAGUAAAAGAAGAUCACUAUGAAGAAAUUGAUAGAAGACUUUUAUUACCGUGUAUCAAACAAUUUCAACAUCAAUCAAUGCAAGCUGCUAUUUAUGAAGCUGUUGAUGUGAACGAUGGUGAUCCAACAACCUUAACAGUUAGUGGAGAUGAAACAUGGCAACGACGAGGCUUCAAAAGUCUCCAUGGAGUAGCUGCUGUUUUAUCGUGUAACACAACACCGAAGGUACUCGAUGUUCAACGUUUAUCAAAAAAAUGUGUGAUAUGCACUGGUGCAUUGAGUGUGAAAAAUAAAGAUCCAGAUUUAUAUGACGAAAUUAUAAAUAAUCAUGACUGUGAAUCAAAUUAUGAUGGUUCAUCUGGAGGUAUGGAAUCGCAAGGUAUUCAAGACAUAUUUAAACGUUCCAUUUCAAAAUAUCAAGUCCAAUAUACUCGGUAUAUUGCAGAUGGAGACUCGUCGGUCAUGUGGAAUCUUACUCAACAUCCUCCAUAUCCAGGUAUCGAAAUUGAAAAGAUCGAAGACAUCAAUCAUUGGUCAAAGAGAAUAUUAUAUCGGUUGGAAAAGUUGACUCAAGAGUUGAAACAUACAAUGCUAGAUCCAGAAGAAAAACGAAAAGGAAUUGGAGGUAUUAAUCGCUUGACCAAGGGCACAAAAUAUGACCAUCAGAGACAUUCUUUACCAAAAUAUGUCAUGGAAGCUAUUAAACCUGUAUUUGAAGACCUGGCUUCUAAAACUUUACAACAUGUACUUAAUGGAUCAAGCCAAAAUGCCAAUGAAUCAUUUCACUCAUUCUUAUGGUCCAUGGCUCCUAAGAACAGAUAUUGUAGUGGAACUAUUGUUGAUAGUAUGUAA